UUUGCGGCCGCCAUGUGUUGCCCUCGCGGCGCGCCCCCAGUGCCCAGACGCGUGACGCGUCCCUCGUCGUGCCCGCCCGAGCGUCUCCUCGCCUCCGCGCUCCGCCUCCCCUAUUUAGGCCCCACCACCACCACCUCGCGCCCUCGUCGCAACUCGCAACGCCCCCGCUCGCUUGCCCGCUCCACCGCGCCCCCAACCCACCCGCGCCCGUGCCCGGCCAAAAGAGAAUUCGAAUCUCCCACCACACCACCACCGCGCCUCCGCGGAGAAUCGCAAUGCGGGCCUCCGUCGAGGAGGCGGGCGCGCUGCUGGCGCGGAGCGACUCCUUCGGCGGCCGCCGCCGCCACCGCUCCGCGUCGCCCGUGCAGUCCGCGUCCCCGAGGCCCGGGAGCCUCAGGCGCCAGUCCUCGUCGUUCCGCGAGGACGUCGGCCACGCCGCCUCCGAGACGUACCUCGUCUCGCGCCUCACCUUCACGCUCCUCCAGUACCUUGGGCUACCGAUGGAUGUCACAACUCCUUGCACUCACAAUCUAUGCAAUUUUACUUAUGCCAGGAUUCAUACAAGUUGGAUAUUACUAUUUCUUCUCAAGCCAAGUUCGUAGAAGUAUAGUCUAUGGAGAACAACCCAGAAACAGGUUGGAUCUGUACAUACCAGAAGAUAAUAGUAGGCCCUGUCCAGUGGUGGCCUUCGUAACUGGUGGGGCAUGGAUUAUUGGUUACAAGGCAUGGGGUGCUCUUCUUGGACGACGAUUGGCGGAGAGAGGAAUAAUAGUUGCUUGCAUUGAUUACAGAAAUUUUCCCCAAGGUACAAUAGGCGACAUGGUUAAUGAUGCUUCUCAGGGGAUUUCUUUUGUGUGUAACAACAUUGCCAAUUAUGGGGGAGACCCUAAUCAGAUCUACUUGAUGGGUCAGUCAGCAGGUGCACAUAUUGCAGCUUGUGCCCUCAUGGAGCAAGCAGUAAAAGAAUCUGGGGGGCAUCCUGUUUCUUGGAGUGUUACCCAAAUAAAAGCAUACUUCGGUUUAUCUGGAGGAUACAAUAUCCAUAGUUUGGUUGACCAUUUCCAUGAACGUGGUCUUUAUCGCUCAAUAUUCCUCAGCAUAAUGGAAGGAGAGGAAUCAUUGUCACGUUAUUCUCCUGAAAUCAUCGCCAAGAUGUCAAGUGCUGAAACCAUAGCUCUUCUGCCACUUAUUGUUCUUAUGCAUGGAACUGGAGAUUAUUCCAUACCAUCAUCUGCUAGUCAAACUUUUGUCGACGUCCUCCAUCAAGUUGGUGCUCAAGCAAGGUUAUUAUUGUAUGAAGGGAAAACACAUACAGAUAUCUUCUUACAGGACCCUCUUAGGGGCGGAAGAGAUCCAUUGGUUGAAGAUGUAUUGUCUGUUAUUCAUGCUGAUGAUGCAAUUGCACGUCAAAAGGUUGCUUUAGCACCAACUCCAAGGCGCUUGGUUUUUGAGUGGCAAUUAAAGUUGGCCCGCCAAAUAAGUCCAUUCUAGUAGGUUUGGAUACGGGUAUUAUAUUAAACACAGAUGUGUGCAAAAUAUCUAGUAUGAAGCACGGCCAAGCUUGCAUCUGUGGGUUUUGUGCCUUCACGAGGAAAGGGCGCCCGGGGCCGUUGAUUUGGAUUGGAUCAAUCAAGGAAAGAACUCUUCCCUCAUCUUUCCUUGCACCUUGGCCCAGUUAUGCUCUAUGCGAAACUUGUAGGCUGUGGCUGGCACGCAGUAUGAGAAGAAGCUAACAUGAUUGAAAACCACAUCCUCUUCUCUCUUUUGCAACUGUACAUAAUGAUGCAUAUUGUAUUGCAUACAGGCUUGUAACAUUGUUUCUGUAAUGUCGUGUGAAUGUGUGAUACGCAAGGACAUUAGUACUAGAAUAUUUCUUCACAGGGAGAGGUUGCUCUUGCUCGGGCGAGCUGUUUGAUUGGAUUGAGGCAACGAAAAUCCUCAUCUUUCCAGGCAUUUUUCCCCUGUGGAGGUCUGUGUAACUUGUAAAAGGUAUGGACGUAUGGUAAGACUACGGAGGAAUGCAAGAGGAAGCAGCUCUCUGAUCGAAAUAAACACAUCCUUUUCUAGUUUCCUUUGUUUAUUUUCCCACGCUGCACAUGGUUCUGUGUUUAUGUAACUCACAAAGGCCUGUAAGCAUGUAUAUUGUAAUAUUCUAGUUUGUGCAAACAGCCAAACACUGCUAGAAUAUUAGUCCCUGGCUGAACUUCACGAUAUACUGAGAUAUACUUGUAGCAGGAUAUAUUUUCACUUUUUUUUUUCUAA